AUGAGUCGGCUUCCGUUGCCAAUGGCAAAGAGGUAUGUGCUGCGGCUUUUCAUAUCACUCAAAUACGCGACUGCCAAUGUUGUGGAUCGGCAGAGCGGGCGAGUGGUGGUGACGGCAUCUUCGGUGGAGAAGGCGCUCAAAGAAGGGCUCGAGUGCGGCCACACUUGCAAUGACAAGGCGGCGGCGGCAGUCGGAGAAGUGCUUGUUGUGCGCUUUAAGGUUGAUGGCCUGGCUCAGGAACCAAUAUACGCCAAUGCAGCCAAGGAGGUGGAGAAGAAGGGGUUCAAGAAUCGGAGCAAGGUUUGGGCCAUUUUCAAUGCCCUCCGCUCACAUAGUGUCAACCUCCACCUUGACCAAGACGACCAUGAGCCUCCUGCUUCUCUCUGUUGGAGAUUUUUAGACAUUCUUGCUUUAUCCAACAACGUGGGGUGUGAGCAAGGUGAUGGUAAUCAUGUUCUCCAACUUAUAAUGCUUAGGCUUCCUAUCAUCAUAGAGGUUGAGAAGUGCAGCACUCCAACUUAGCUUAGGUUAAUGAAGGACAUGUUUUUGAUAAAAUGCUUGUGAGAUGUAGCAGGGACUUUGUUAGUUGGAAGGUAAUCGAACAAGCAGGGACUCGACUAUUCUUCUUUCCUCUAGUACUAUAUUUGUGCAUUUUGUCAUGUAGGGCAAUGAUUUGAUGUUAAUGAAUGGUAUGCUUUUGAUGAAAUGCUUGAAAGUGUAGACUAAUCACUUAUGUCCCCGCUUUACCUAGCAAGUGUGUUACCUCCUGCUUUGAGACUUUCCAUCUCCACUCUCCCAGGUUGACUCAUGGCUAC